AAGUGCGCGACGGACAGAACCCACGUGGCUUCUGCGUUGUUUCUGUAGGAGCUGCCGUUUUUAGCUUCUUUAAGAGAAACGAAUUAUUCUUUGCACCAUGCGUCCUUUAACAGACGAAGAGACAAAAACAAUGUUUGAGAAACUCUCUAAAUACAUUGGGGAGAAUAUCAAACUUCUUAUUGAUCGGCCUGACGGGACUUACUGUUUCAGACUUCACAAUGACCGAGUAUAUUAUAUGAGUGAAAAAAUCCUGAAGUUGGCUACAAAUAUCUCCAGAGAUAAACUGGUAUCAGUUGGCACGUGUUUUGGAAAGUUCACGAAGACGCAGAAGUUCCGUUUGCACAUCACAGCUCUCGAUUUCCUCGCACCAUAUGCUAAGUUUAAGGUGUGGGUGAAGCCUGGAUCAGAGCAGUCGUUCCUGUAUGGAAAUCACAUCAUGAAAUCCGGUCUGGGGAGAAUCACCGAAAACACAUCGCAGUACCAAGGAGUGGUGGUGUAUUCAAUGUCUGAUGUACCACUGGGCUUUGGGGUCGCAGCGAAGACCACACAGGAGUGUCGGAGGGUCGACCCCAUGUCCAUUGUGGUUUUCCAUCAGGCUGAUAUUGGAGAGUACAUCAGAAGUGAAGACACGCUGACAUAAGAGCAUAUAAUAACAGCAGUACUCAUGGACAGUUCAUUACAUUCUGGCUAUUGGAAGUCACAAGUUUCGCAAACUUCAAUCAAAUCGAAUUGUAUGUGAUUUUCAUUGACCUUUUCUGUAUAAAAAAAAAGUUUUUACCUAGUUACUGUAAGUUUGUGCAUUUAUGAAUUAUUUUCUUCUGAUUUAAUAAAACGGGAUACAAAACCAAACCAAGUUACAACAAACAUUUUCAAGAAUAAUUUAGUUAAAAGCAACAUUCACAGUGAAAUUAGACUUGCUACUCUUUUGACCAAUACAAAUUCAGAUGUUUUUAUUACUGCAAAAAAUAUUUUUCUUU